GACACGGACACACACAGAAGACUCCUCUUUUCUUGGUGCCUGCACUUAUGCCUGGUGGAGCUCGUCCCCAGCCCUCCUGCCAACCUGCUGCCGACCGCUGCCUGCACUGCCCCGCAGAACCCGCAGCUCAACCCCAGCCGGGGGUCGUGGGGACCCCCCCCUCCACGCUGCUCUUCCCCCCACCGCCCAGGAGAAGGGCCGCCGCGGGGCUGCCGCCACGCAGGGAGCAAGGGCAGAGGAUGGCCGCAGCCCUUCCGCUGCUGCUGCUCUGGGUGUUUAUCCCCACGGUGGUCUCGGAGGUGUUUGGCCCUGGAGAUGGCACAGAGGACCUCAAGGCGCUGCAGGUCUCCAUCCCACGCCACCCAGUUUUGGACGCCGUGCUGGCAGGCGACAUCACCAUCCCCUGCCUCAUCACCUACCUCGGCCCCCAGCCCACCCCUGGCACUGCCGGCCGCCGCGCAGUCCUGGGAACCCCCCGGGUCAAGUGGACCUUCAUCUCUGAGGGCAGGGAGGUGGAGAUCUUGGUAGCUCGGGGGGACAGGGUGAAGGUGAGCGAGGACUAUCGCCUCCGUGCCUCCCUGCCCAUCUUCCACCAGCGCUACACCAACGCCUCCCUGCUGCUCACCGAGCUGCGGCCCAAUGACUCGGGGAUCUACCGCUGCGACGUGCAGCAUGGCAUCGAGGACGGCCACGACAUCCUUGACGUCAAAGUCAAAGGGGUGGUGUUUCACUACCGGGAGGGCUCCAUGCGCUACGCUUACACCUUCGCCGAGGCGCAGGAAGCUUGUGCCAGGAUCGGCGCCCACAUUGCCACCCCCGAGCAGCUGUACGCUGCCUACCUCGGCGGCUACGAGCAGUGUGAUGCUGGCUGGAUCGCUGACCAGACCGUCAGGUACCCCAUCCACACACCCCGUGAGGCCUGUUACGGAGAUAUGAAUGGCUUCCCCGGGGUGAGGAAUUACGGGGUGGUGGACCCAGAGGACAUGUACGAUGUGUACUGCUACGCCGAGGACCUCCCAGGGGAGAUCUUUUUGGAGACAGCCCCAGACAAAUUCACGCUGGAGGAGGCGGCGGCGCGCUGCCGGGCACUGGGCACGGAGCUGGCGAGCACGGGGCAGCUCUACGCCGCUUGGAGCGCGGGGCUGGACGCCUGCAGCCCCGGCUGGCUGGCCGAUGGCAGCGUCCGCUACCCCAUCGUCACCCCCCGGGAACGCUGCGGUGGGGCUUUGCCGGGCGUCAAAACCAUCUUCCUCUUCCGCAACCAGACGGGAUUCCCCGAUGCCCAGAGCAGAUACGAUGCAUACUGUUUCCGAGAAGGGACAAACUCUUUCCCUGAGGCUGCAGGAAAAUACGGAGCCCGAGAGCCCGAGGGCCUCCAGGAGAUUGUUACAGUGGCAGAAAAGCUGGAGGAGCUGCAGCUGCCCAAAGCGCAAGUGGAGAUUGAGUCGCGAGGGGCUAUAUACGCCGUCCCUUUCUUUAAGGACCCUGAGCUGGAAAAGCCGAGCCCGUCCCCCGAAGACGCACCAGGGCCAGGGGCCCAGCACCCCCCGCUAGAUACCUCCGUGUCCUCAGAGGAGGAACAGGGAGCAGCGCUGGGCAGGGACCCUGGCAGCACAUCGGCGGAGACCCCCGGCAGAGGGCAAGACCCCAGCCAGCCCACGGAGCCGGAUGGAGCUGCUGGCACACAGACACCCUCCAUGUCCCCCCAGGCGGGUGCAGAGGGACCCACCGGUGCCCCGUCCCCAUCGGGGGCCACAGCAGAUAGCCAAGAGCCUGGUGGGAUCCCCCGCAACGGCCACGAGUCCGGUGGGGUGAGCACCCCCACCGCUGAGGAUGCUGAGCUCUCGGGAGAUGUGGUCGAAAGCCUUGGGGUGUCCCCACUGCCCCCUGCCCCCUCGCAGCCGCAGGAGGAGGGAGAGGAGCAGUCGGGGGCCCUGUGGCUCCCCUCGCCUGCGGCCCCGGGGGACGGGAGCACUGUCCCCGUGGCAGAGGCAACAGCGGUCACACCGUGGCACGAGGAGGUGCCUGGCAGCAGCAGCGUGCCGGCCACGGGAGGCGAGGAUGCUGUGCCACGACCCCCCGGUACUGACAGCGUGAUGCCCACUGCAUCGUCAGAAGAGGAGGAGGAGGAGGAGGAAGCGGAGGAAGGGCAACCCGCUCCCUCCGUUGCAACCGUGGAGGGUUUCCUUGCAGCCGUUCCCGGAGAACCAGGUGGCUGCAUCCCCAACCCCUGCCUGAACGGAGGGACCUGCACGGAGGACGGCGCCCGCCUCGCCUGCCUGUGCCUGCCCGGCUACGGAGGCAGCAGCUGCGAAAGACCGCUGGAGAAGUGCAGCCCCGGCUGGGACAGCUUCCAGGGAGCCUGCUACAAGCACUUCUCCACCCGGAGGAGCUGGGAGGAUGCGGAGGGCCAGUGCAGGCAUUAUGGGGGACACCUGGCCACCAUCCUGACACCCGAAGAGCAGGACUUCAUCAACGACCAGUACAGGGAGUACCAGUGGAUCGGCUUGAACGACCGGACCAUCGAGGGGGAUUUCCAGUGGUCCGAUGGGAGCCCUUUGCUCUACGAGAACUGGCACCACGGGCAGCCCGACAGCUACUUUCUCUCCGGGGAGAACUGCGUGGUCAUCGUGUGGCACGACGGGGGCCAGUGGAGCGACGUGCCCUGCAACUACCACCUCUCCUACACCUGCAAAAUGGGGCUGGUGCAGUGCGGGCCACCCCCCUCUGUCACCAACGCUCGCGCCUUCGGCAAACCAAAGCAGCGCUACGAGAUCGGCUCCAUCACGCGGUACCAGUGCCGCCGCGGCUUCGUCCAGCGCCGCUCACCCAUCAUCCGGUGCCAGGAGGAUGGGACGUGGGAACUGCCCCAGCUAACCUGCCGCCCUGGCCUGGUUGAGCACCCCCAUGACUGAGCGAGUCCCCUGGGCAGAAGCCACCACGUCCCCGGGUCCUGGAGCCGGUGCGGAUGGGGACAGCACUGGGACUCCAGCGUGGACCCCAGCGUGGCGUGAAACCUCACUGUAUGGUGUCUGCCUCCUUGUUUGUUUUAUAUCUGUACAAAGAAAUCCUAAUAACUAAAGAUCCCCUGGAAAGGAACCGACAACCACCCGAAAUGUAGCACAAGGGCUGUUUUGUUCCUGGAGUCACAACAGAAUCGAAAU